UCUUUCCUUGACCCCCGCUCUCUCUCCCCACUCUUAUUUCAUCCCAAAGCUUUAUCUCUCAAAUUUUCCCAGGAUUCGCUCUCUCCGCCGUCUUGCGACCGAAGGAUCUCCAAUCCGUGCACAGCCCUUCCAUUAUCGACGAUGCCGCAUCCGUGCCUUCCCUCUCGUCGAGGGAUACCUCGGUUUCGCCUCUCGCACAUCGAUCCGUUGGCAAACGAGGAACUUUUACCCAAUGAAGUAGUCUGCAUAGGUUGCUGCACUAACUGCUCAAGAUCUUGUGCAGAAUCCUGUGAUUUCACUAAUUAUGUAUCUAAUGAAAAAAAAAAUUCUUCUGGACGUAUAUUAUCUGAACAUGGAUCAACAAAAUGUGUUAGUGACACAAAUGAUUUCUUCCCUCACAGUCAUGCUGUCACGUGCUCAUCAUGUUGGUGUUCAUAUGAUGGUAGUGGUCCCUCCUGUUUGCACGAACAAGUGGAUGUAGGCCCUUAUGUUGCAAUGGAAGGAAGUUCUCAAUCUUUUUCUAAUAUCUGUGAGCUACCCUUGCCUGAUGGUACUGGUGUUAGACUUACCCAGAACAGUUGUGAUAGAUAUGCUCAAUUUUCAAUCAGUGGAUGGAUGUAUGUUAAUCAAAAUGGCCAUAUGUGUGGACCGUACAGUCAAGAACAGCUUAUUGAGGGCUUAUCAUCUGGAUUCUUGCCUGAAGAACUUCCCGUUUAUCCUGUUAUAAAUGGAAGCAUCAGUACUUCAGUAACCCUGAAAUAUUUGAAACAGUUUUCAAGUCCAAGAUAUUACCCAUCAAGUGUAGAUGCCACGGCAAGAGAUGAAAAUUCUCAGUUGGCAGGAAAGGAUCCAGUUAGUUAUUUCUCAUCAAGAACAGAACAUGAUGCAACAGUUACUGCUUCUCACGGUUCUGGACAGGGAAAAAGCAACAAUGGAAUGACCAAGUCUACAUCAUUGUUGAUGAGGUCACUUUCAAGUGAAGAGAGCUGCUGGAUGUUCGAGGAUAAGGAAGGCAUGAAACAUGGGCCACAUUCGCUUGCUGAACUGUGUUAUUGGCAUCACAACAGUUAUCUUGAAGAUUCAUUAAUGAUCUACCAUGUGGAUAAUAGGUUGGGGCCAUUUUCUCUUGCCAUUUUAGUUGAAGAAUGGAGCAGAAUUAACUGUGAGAAUAUAUCUGAAAAUGAUAUUAAGAGCGAGGGUGAUGAUGCUGAAUUAGACAAUUCUUUCACGAGUCUAUUGUUUAAUUCAUCAGAAGAAGUCUCAAUUCAGCUGCACUCUGCCAUAAUGAAAGCAGCUCGUCGAGUCCUACUGGAUGAAAUAUUUAGCACUAUCAUACCUGAGUUUAUCUCAACGAAGAAAGCUCAACGGCAUCUGAGGGCUGAGUCUAUUGAUAAGAAUGCUAAAACCUAUGAGCUAUCGAAAGGGAAGGAACAACCUCCUCUUAACACGCUACAAGAAGUCAAUUCUUCACAGCAAACAUGUUCUAUAAUUCUCGACAUUCAUGAAAACAUCAAAGAAGUGUUAUUAGAAACUAGCAAAUUUUGUUACUAUGACUGUAUGAAAGUUUUGUGGGACUCAGUCUUGUAUGAUCCUGUAAUGGAGUAUUGUGGUGCAUGGCUCAAGAAAAAGCAAUGGUCUGGCUUACAAUGUUCAUCCUUAAUUGUUAAUUCUGAGGUGCAGGAUCCAGAUCAGAUGGAUAUGGUGCUAAAGAAUGCUGAUAAAGUCGUGGAGUUGGAACCAGUAUCUUCGAGACAUGAUAUGGAUUUCCCUCCGGGAUUUGGACCUAACAUAGGGACCCUGGAUACCUGUGUUCAGUCAUCUUUGACUUCAGAAGGCAGUUGUCUAGUGAAGGAAGUGGAUGUGACAAAGGAUUCCACUUCCUUAUUUGGAACUCUGACGAUUAUCCUAGGAAGUUUGGAAAAUCAAUUAUUUGUGUCAGCCAAGGUAUCUUUAUUUCAAUUUUUUGAAGCUGUCAUCAAAGAUGAAUUGACAGAUUUACUUUGUUCAGCAGUUGAGGACAAUUCAAGCACUGUACAGGGCAUGAUCAAUUUGAUCGAAAACCAUGAUGAGUCUCCAUCUAGCUCAGUUGAUAUGACUACUGGUGCAGUGACAAAGCCUUAUGAAUCAACUGUAGCUUCUGAACAGUUAUGCAAUGCUUUUGAGCUGUUGAACUCACCAAAUACCUCCAGUUUUUAUGAUGAUAAGUCGGAUGUCUUUUUGGGUGAACCACCACCUCCUGGUCUGGAUGACUGUUCCCAUUUGGUUCUUGAUCAGAAAGCUAAAUUCCGGCCUGGAAAGACAACUGAAUAUAUUCCUGUCAUUAAUAAAUAUUUGGCUUUAGCUGUUUUUCGUCAAAAGCUUCAUGAACAAGUUCUUAACGCGUGGAAGCUCUUUUACUACAGCAAUUCAUUUUGCAAACAUUUCCUUUCAUGUGAGGCUUUGAGAAAAUUUCAAGUAAAUGUCACUGACAUGAAAGGACAACGUCAGAAAAACUUUGUCUUGGGUCAAACUUCUAAUGAUGGACCAGAUGAUACCUCUGCUCCAUCUGCCGUUUUAGAGAAACACAAAGAAAGAUCCAGGGCUUCUAACAGUUUACUGUUAAUUGAUGAAUCUUUGAGGACUGGAAAAUAUAAAUAUUUCCGUAAGAAAAAAUUUGGCAAGAAAAUAUCUGAGCCCCUAGCAACUUCAAGUUGUUCUGGGUUUCCUAAGCAACCUAUGGACACUCUGCAAGUGCAAAAGAAGGAAAAAUCAAUGUCAGGGCCUCUAGUUAAAAAGACUGCACACAAGUCAAGUUCUCGUGAAUUAGAAAGUCACAAUAUUGAUCAUCAGUGCAAACCGUCAGUGCUAGCUUUGAACGAGAAAGAAUCAUCUGAAUCUUGCAGUGUACCAAGAAAAAGGCGGAGAUUGAGGAAGGCUUACGAGUGUCAGAAAGAAUCAUCCGCACCUCCUUGUAGUUCUGGAUUGAAUUUUAUGAAUGAUGCAUAUUCUAAUGCUGAUGAUUUACUUGGCAUUGCUAAAUUUGGUUUUCUUGGUCAGAAGCAUGAGGCAGAUGAUUGUAAAGAAUCAUCAGAUCUUUGUGACAUACAGACUGUUUGUGAUAUACCAAGAAAAAAGCAGAAGUUAAAGAAAGCUGCUCAUAGGAUCCGUGAGGAGGCUUGUUCACUCUCGUCCCAUGCUGAAUUGACAACAACUGAUACAUAUAAUAUUGCUGAUGAUUGCUAUACGGUUCAAGGGAUUUCCACUGGUAAUGGAAAAGACAGGUUGGAUGCUAGCUUAGUUUUAGAGCAGGAUUCCGACAUGAACAACAAAGUCGAUGACACUGAUCAGUUUAGUUUGAGCAUACAGGAAGGACAAAAAAGACUGUCCAUUUCUAAUGCUAAUGCAAACUUAGCAAGAAGAAAAUCUCAGCUUAAGAGGAAGGUUGAGUUGAAUGAACUACCACCUCCUAAAAGUUCAAAAAUAUCAUCUAUACGGUCAGAGAAGAUAUCAAAGAAAAAACACGUGGCAAAGAAGAAGGUUAAAGCUACAUUACCAUGCCCAAAGUCAGAUGGUUGCGUUCGGUGUUCAAUCAAUGGGUGGGACUGGCAUAAGUGGUCAAAAACUGCACUUCCAGCUGACAGGGCACGUGUGAGAGGAAUUCGUAACCAAAAAUAUUCAUUAAAUUUUCAUAUUAAUGCUCCACAUAAUAUAAAUCCCAAGGGCCCUUCUGCAAGGACAAAUAGGGUUAAAUAUCGGAAUCUUCUUGCUGCUGCUGAGGGUACUGAUAUAUUGAAAGUCACUCAGUUGAAGGCAAGAAAGAAACGACUGCGGUUUCAAAGGAGCAAAAUACAUGAUUGGGGCCUGGUUGCCCUUGAGCCAAUUGAUGCAGAAGAUUUUGUCAUUGAAUAUGUAGGGGAAUUGAUCCGUCGUCGAAUAUCUGAUAUACGUGAGCACCUAUAUGAAAGGAUGGGAAUCGGCAGUAGUUAUCUCUUUAGAUUGGAUGAUGAUUAUGUGGUUGAUGCAACCAAACGUGGCGGAUUAGCAAGGUUUAUAAAUCAUUCCUGUGAGCCAAACUGUUAUACAAAAGUUAUUACCGUUGAGGGUCAGAAAAAGAUUUUUAUUUAUGCAAAGCGACAUAUAUCAGCUGGUGAAGAAGUAACAUACAAUUACAAAUUUCCUCUAGAAGAACAAAAGAUUCCGUGCAAUUGUGGUUCUCAAAGGUGUCGAGGAUCCAUGAACUGAAAAAAGUUGCUAUUCAUGGGCUUCGUGCCUGUUACUGGUAGUAGCAUUAUUUAUCAUACCUCCCUGAUAUUUGUCACCUCAACAGGCAACAUGGAUGAAGUAGAAGUUAACACUUUUGGAUGGCGACGCAAAAUACUUGCUCGAUUUCUUCGCUAAUUGCACACAAGUUUCUGCAUCAAGGUCAAUAAAUUGUUGUCCCUUCAAUAUACGUGAGGUUGUUGAAAUUUGUAAAUUUUGUAUCGGAUAUAACUUGAACGAUUCAUUGAUUUAUAGUAAAGAGUAGCAACCACCAACAGCACGGUGCAUUUCUCUCCAUCUCUUUAAAGUUGUAGUUCUUAUAUUGCCUGCUCCUACGAACUUAAGUUACAAGUUAUACCUAUUUCACAUCUUUCUUCCAUUCUAUUUCUGUUAGUACAUUUUGCAGAAAGAUGAAUGGCAUGGUGCAUCAGAAUUUUGUAAAGGCCUAAACACUGUACUGGUGUAGUUGGAUGCUGUUUGUAGUUCGAUGCAUCUUCUAAUGGAUUGGUCCCCCUCCCAAUAAGUAGAAAACUGGAUGUGACCAUACCUUUCUACUCCUGUGGCUAAUUAAUAAUUCUAUUUUUUUUUUGUAUCACCAUUUUUCCAAAGUAUUGAUGCAUGCAACUGGAUCUCGGACUCGUUUCAAUAUCCUUAAUUAGUUACUAGCGUGGCAAUAAACACUACUCAAGAUUCUAAGAACAAGGUGCCUGCAAAUCAUACUCUCACUUAACAGGUGCUCAUUUUUUCUUAGAAUUAUACGGAAGAUUGGCUUAAUAUGUACCUUAAAGGCCGUAGAUGAAACUCAUCUAUUCAUCAACUAUGGGCUGAUUUCCAUUGUCCUCGGUUAUGCAAGCAAAACAUGAUGCUCGAAGUUGGCUCAUGGUUACCGUGGUGUAUCUUCAACUUCUUCCAUUGUAUUCAUACGAAAGGGAGGUAUGGAAAUUUGUUCUGGCGAGAUUACAAAUGCUUUUUGUGCGUGGUAUGUUCUUCAUUCCAAAUUUGUCCGUAUUUGAUCGUAAUUGAUAAACCAGAUUUAAACUUCGAAAGAGAUGUCAUGGCCUGCCGUCCCUGUGUUUGCUUUUAGUGAGUGUUGGAUCGAGGAUAAGGUAAAGUAGGCUUGUACGAGACACCGAAAGUCAAAACAAUGUGAUUGGGUACAAGGCCGAUGAGCUCCAGAUACAUAAAUUUUGACAAUAAUUUUUAGUACAUGUUUUUACAAAUGUAGUCCGAACUUUCAUUUUUCAUAAAUCUAUAUAUAACAAACAAUACAUCUCA